UCGACCGAAGCGUCAACAAGCGUCAAGUUUCGGAUUGAGGCCGCUGCUGUACACCGCCAUCUUACGUCCACCGUGUCAACUUGUGUUGGAUUUGGUGCAGUAAUUUUGUUUGAUUGUGACGAGAGCAAGUUAUCGAAAUACAAACUAUUCUGUUUAGCCGAUAUCGCGGCCGGCGUGUUACUGGAACCGAAAUAUGCCAUGAGAAAUCGUAACAAUGUCGGAAAAAAAGCAAGUGAAAGUUGACAACUGGGGAAUAUAUUUCCUCCAAAGGCUGAAGCAUUUCUUUAACCGGACUGAUUAUUGUGACCUGACGCUGCAAUUUCAAGAUAAUGCCCAGCUAAAAGUGCAUCGAUUAGUGCUCAGUGCGUGCACUGAGUACUUCGAACUCUUGGAACGAACAUGUGAGAUGUACGAGGACUGUUUGGUGAUGCCGGACGACCUGCAGGCGGAUGUGAUCGUCCCCAUCGUUAACUUCAUGUACACUGGAAAUUUAGAAUUUCAGGUGGAUUUAGUGGAGAAGUUGUAUCAAACUGCCCAAGUCCUGAAUAUGCCCGUUUUAACAAAACUUCUUGAGUCGCAUCGCCACCUAGUGAAUAAAACACCAGCUCACAGUUAUAGUGCUAAAAAAUUUACUAAACAAAGUGAACCCAAGAAGACUACUGGAACUGGAGGUGCAAAACGUUCCUAUGGCAAGGCAUUUGAGAAUAAUGUAGUGUACAAAAACAAAAAAACUUAUCAAACCUUAACUAAAAGUGACAAGACUAGUAAUAGUAUUUACCGUCCACCAUCACCAAUAUCUGCAGAACCAUUUACUCCACAAAGAUCUGUUGUGGAAGAUCCUCGUCCUACAAGAUAUGAAAUACCUGAAGAACUUGAGUCAGAUAAUUUAUUUGACAAUUCAUUUAGCAAUAUAUCAUAUACUUCUCAACCUUUGGUUGUUCAUCCUGACACGGUGAAGAGAUAUAAAGCAGCUAAACGCAGCACUUUGUUUGGUGAACCAUCAAGCUCAAAGAAAGUAUCUGGUAUGUCAACAGUUGACAUAGUUGAAUGUAAAAGGGUAGUAUCUAAGGAUGAAAGUAUAUUUAAUGAGAGCAAUCGUGACCAUACUUUUAAUGAUGAAAAUGAUUUAUUCAAUACUUCCUAUGUAGAAAAUGAAAGAGAUUCUAGCCAACUUUUUGAUCAAAUGUUGGACAAUAAUGGUGGACCCAAAGUUACAAUAGAAACUAAGGAUGGCAAAGAUGCCUCCAAUUUGGACCAUGCAAGAAUAAUUAGUGAGCUUUUGAAGAAGUAUCCUCAUCUUGUCAAAAGUAAUAAAAAUAUUAAGUUGAAGAUUCUAGAUCCUGUAUCCAGCAAAGGAAAGAAACAAGCAAAGUCAGCUUCAGCUCCUAGCUUUACAGAAGCCAAGCCACUAAAUGUGAAAGCAGAUGAAGAUGACUUUACCUAUGAAACUGAUGUUAUAGAUUCCAAACAGGCAGCAAAACUUAUUGCAAUGGGAGCAGAAAAUGUUAAAGGACCUUGGAUAUGCUUGAUCUGUGGUACCCCAGGAAAAGCUCUGCAUUUCAACUCUUAUUACAAAUUCCGCCGUCAUUUAGUAGAUGUGCACCAUGAAAAACCUGUGGCUAACAUCUGUGAAUAUUGCGGACUUAGAUCUUUGAAGAGGAACUACUUGCUUCACCAUCUUUAUGCUCAACAUGGUGUUCAACCUCCACCACAGUAUCACUUCCCUAAGUGUAAUAUGUGUUCUUAUAUUGCUCUUACUGAGGGUUUACUUGUCAAACACAAGCUAACCCAUAAGGAUAUUAGAAACUUCCGCUGUAAUGUUUGUUCUGUUGCAUUUGCAUCCUCUAGUCAACUACUAAUACACAUACAAAACACAGGUCACAAAUACAGCUCUGAAAGGAAAAAUAAUUUACAAUGUGUAUACUGUUUGAAAAUAUUCUUGCGGGAAUCAAACCUAUAUGCACAUCUUAAAACACAUCACAAAAAAGAAGCAAAGACUGACUGCAUUAUUGAUUCUUCCGAUGAUGAAAAAGUUGAUGAUGAGAGGCCAAGAUCAAUUAGUAUUAAAUAUGAACCUAGUACCAGCUAUGACAAUGAUUUUGAAGAGAUAGAUUUACAGUUUCCCAGUCACCAAAUAUCAACAAGUGACAAACACUCUACACCUAGAAGACAAUCUGUCACUAAUGCAAGACAAAAGAUUUUAAAUCCUGGCUUUAGUACACCAAAAUCUAACCAAAAACCUAAGCCAGGUAAAAGCAGCAGUAACUCUCAAUCUCAAAAUGAUUUCUUCCAAGAUGUAAAAAUACCUAUUGAAUCCACUAAUGAAGAGAUUGUAGUAAUAAACAAUGAAGAAUAUAUCAUGAAAGACAAUCAACUUAUUCCAAGAAAAAAGACACUCAACCAGGACUUUAUCCUAGCAGACAUUGUUGAACCAGAUUCUGUACAACCUACUACAUCUGUUCAAUAUGCUAAUGUUGAAAAUGCUAAUAUUGAAGAGAAUGUUCAACCACAGUCCAGCAUGAUAUUAAAGAAAUCUACAAAUUUAAAUCAACCAAUACAAAUUGUGGUAUCAAAUGAAGAAGAAUAUAAAGCUUUAAUGAAUUCAAACCAUCCUAUUCUAUUUGACAAUGGUGAUGCUACGAAGACACUUACUGUAUUAACUGCACAACAUAAUACAGGAAUAGAUACAGGUACCAUAGAUUUGGAUAAUACUACAUCUAGUGAAAUGAUGAUACUACCUAGUGAAUAUCCAUUGAAUGUCACUGAAGCUGUGUCUACUGAUAACCCUAAUAUUGUGGUAGUAUACAGUCAUGAUGACCAGAGUAAGCAAUUCCAAAUACUUUCCACAGGUGGUAUAGGAGCACAGUUUGUGCAAUCUUCUGGAAUGAUAACACAGACCUUCGAAACUGUAACAACUGCCACACCUGUAAUGAAUCAGGUGGAACAAAAUUGGCAGAACAAUAUUGAGAGCUUGGAAAGUCAACAACUGCAAAUGACUCAUCAACAGCAUACUGAUCAUAAUGUGACUACUGGUAAUUUAGAUCACCUUGCAGAAGUGCAUAUGAUUUCUGAACCACAAAAAGAAAUGGCUCCAGAUGGGACUGAAAUUUCUUUAAAUCCUACAGAAGAAAUUAUGGAACAAAUAAAUAAUCCUACCGAAAACAAUAUGAUCAGUGAACCAAGCAAUAUCUCAACAACUACUAAUGAGACUAAUGACAUUCACACUGACCAAAAUAAUAUUGUAGAAGCAAUGCAAAUACAAAAUGUACUUGAACAACCACUAGAGAACACAACGCAGUUACCACCAGUAUCAGAAAAUAUAAUUCAACCGAUGGACACAGAAAGUAUAAUUGAACAACCAAUUGGUGUAGAAGACAUGCAGGAACAAUCAAUGGAAACAGAAAAUAUAGAACAACCAAUUGAAAAUGAAAAUAUUACAGAGCAAGCUAUUGAGACAGAGUAUGUCAUUGAACAACCACUUGAAGCAGAUAUUGUUAUGGAACAACAACCACUAGCAAAUGAAUUAGAAAUGCCAAUAGACACUGAAAGCCAGGCUGAACCAGAACAAGUAAUAGAGACUGAAGAUAAAGUAGAAGAACCAGUAACAAGUGCAGAUAUUGUGGAACAAACAUUAGAAUCUGGAAAUAUGACAGAGCACCCAGCAGAAGAUGAAACUGUUGUAGAGCACAGAGUACCUUCAAAUAUACUAGAACAAGCCAUUGAAAAUGAGAAUAUUAUGGAGCAAACUCAAGAAUUACAAAACAUUCUGGAACAGCCAGUAGAAAGAGAACAUGUUCUAGAACAACAAUCUUCCAAUGAAAACAGCACUAUCCAAACAACUCCACAAGACAACACAGAUCCUAAAAGUGUUUCUGAAUAUCCAGAAGCUGUUAACCCUGGUGAGAGUAUUGAGAAUGUUAAAAAUCUAAAUGACCAACCUGAAGAACUAAUGGAAUCACAAGCAUAUGAUGAUAUUGUGGAUAUAAACAAUCCCUCUCAAGAACAAAAUGUAAAUCCUAAAGAAACUGGAUCAAAGAUCCAAAACUUGGCACUAGAAUGGUCAGAGGAUGAAUAUGACAUCACAGAUAAUCAGAAUCAUAAUAACAAAACUGCUAAAAUUAAUGCUGAUACACAGAAAAUACCUUUCAUCGAUGAUGGACCAGAAUUGGAAGAAUCAAUAGAAAACAUUCAACAAGAAAUGCAGAAACAAAUGGCUAGUCAACUUAAUCAAAUUGAGACACCAGAUGUGGAAACUGAAGAAAGUGCAGUUUCCUCACAAGAAGAAGACUCUUCAAGCCAGGAGAUGCAACUACCGCCAUUAAUAGAUUCGCCAGUGCACGGUCCUAUACCCAAUCCUCAAGUACAACAGAAGUUGUCAUCCUUACUGAAUGAUUGGGAGGACAAUGAUUCCCAAGAGGAUAUGAUUCCAGACAACUCUACCCAUGAAAAUAUUUUGCCAAAAACAGACACUAAUAAGCCUCAAGACGUCCCGAAAAAUGAUAAUAUCAGAAGCUUGGUUAGUGACUGGGACGAUGACGACGAUAAAGAGUAAAUAGUAAUAAGAUACUCCUCAAAUUAUGUGACUUAAGCUGACACCAUCAAUUGUAUUUUUUCUCAAUCUUUUACCUAACAAAUUAUUUAACAUUUUAGCUACAUCUAUGUUUUAUAUUGAAAUAUUAUUUUAGUUGUAAGUAGUACUAUUAGCAUUUUAAGUAUAGCAUAUUAGUAUAUUAUAUAAUUUACAUGCAUCAUGUAUAAAGCAACAAGUUUAUUUGUGUAUAUUAUGGUGUGCCUAACUUCCUAAAUGAUACUUCCUAUGUAUUCUGAAAUAAAAUUCAUCAUACACUAGAUGUGUAUAAAACAUUUUACCUAUUUUAAUUGGGACACCUAUUAUUGUGUAACAAGGUAUACCUUGAUGAACUAAUGUGGCAGGAAGUGCUAAUACAUUUAUAGAAAUGUAACCCCUAUACCUAUAACAUAUUACCCAUGUCCAUCCUACCAACAAUACAUUGUAUACAAGAAAAUAGGCAAUAAUAUUAUGUAAUUGUAAAAAAUAAUGUUUUCUAAAAUAAAUGUAUUUCAUAAAAUGUAUAAUUAUGGAAAUGAUACUGAAAACCUUUUUAAGUUAAUAAAUAAAUGGGUUCAUAAUAAA